AUGUCUGACCUCAAUUCUUGGGAAGAUGAUCCUGCCGCUCAGGACGACAAUCUGUCACGGCAGACGCAGCAAAUGAAUAUCAAUAACACGCCACAGCAGGGUGGUCAAGGAGGGGCACCCAGUUUUCGACCGGGCGCAAAUUCAUUUCAACCAGGAGCACAAUCUUUCCAGCCAGGACAAAACUACCAGCAGUAUGGCGGGGGAUAUGAUCAGUCGGGAUACCAACAACAGGGCUAUUACAAUCAACAAGGAGCCCAGGGCGGUCAGGGUCAGGGUGGUUAUGGAUAUCCUCAAUAUGGCCAGCAACAGGGUGGCUACCAGCAAUACCCCCAAGCUGGAGGAUACAACGCUGCGUACAACCAAGCGCCAGGCGGGUUCAAUCAAAGUUACAACCAGCAGUAUGGUGGAUACUCUCAGCAGCCACAAGGGGGGGCGUCGACAUCACAGCAAGCGCCUCGACAGACACCAACGAUUGCAAAACGGCCAACCGAUGGCUCGGGAGCGGCGGAUCUCAAUAAGCCGGUUACAACGAAGGCGGGGGCACCCAAGGUCUUGAGCAUUGGAGGAGACGCACCAAAGGCGAAAGUCUUAAGUAUCGGAGCAGAUGCAACGAAACCCAAAGCAAAAGUUUUGUCCAUAGGCGCACCCGCUGCCGCCCCUGCGGCUGCGAAACAAGAUGGCCCAGAAGCAGCUGAUGCUGGGGCCAAGGUCACUGCAGCAAAGGCAAUUGAAAAGACGGAGAACAAAGCGACUAAAACAGAGAGUGGUACAACGUCACCUACCCCUUCAUCCGGUCGAUCGAGUCCCACUAGAGCUAAGGCCGCUGCUGCUGUGCGAGACGUUGAUGCGGUGGAAAAGGAACAAGCCGCCGAUGUGGAUGAGGAGACGCUCAAGGAAAUUUACGGCAAAGAGCAUGUCAAUAUCAUUUUCAUUGGUCACGUCGAUGCUGGAAAGUCGACAUUGGGAGGUUCUAUAUUAUACGCUACCGGAAUGGUUGACGAACGGACUAUGGAGAAGAACAAAAAGGAAGCGAAAGAGAUGGGUCGUGAGACAUGGUAUCUCUCCUGGGCGCUAGAUCUUACAAAAGAAGAAAGGUCAAAGGGAAAGACGGUAGAGGUUGGUCGUGGUUUCUUCGAGACCGAGAAACGACGAUACAGUAUUCUGGACGCCCCUGGACAUAAAACUUACGUACCAAGUAUGAUAGGAGGUGCCUCGCAGGCCGAUGUGGGAAUUCUUGUUAUUAGUGCGCGAAAGGGAGAAUACGAGACUGGUUUCGAGAAGGGUGGUCAAACUCGAGAGCAUGCCAUGCUGGCGAAGACUCAGGGUGUCAAUAAACUGGUAGUGGUUAUCAACAAGAUGGACGAUCCUACGGUCGAGUGGUCGGAGAAGCGAUACACUGAAUGUACGACGAAACUCGCUCAGUUCUUGAAAGGCACUGGUUACAACUUGAAGACUGAUGUUUUCUUCAUGCCUAUUGCAGCACAACAAACCAUGGGUAUCAAAGACCGGAUACCAAAAGGCGUCGCACCAUAUUAUGACGGCCCAUCUCUUCUCGAAUAUCUUGACAAUAUGACAACUUUAGAGAGAAAAGUCAAUGCUCCUUUCAUGAUGCCAAUUAACGGCAAGUACCGAGAUAUGGGUACCCUUGUGGAAGGCAAGAUUGAGGCAGGCGUUGUAAAGAAGGGCAUGUCUUUGAUAAUGAUGCCUAAUCGGGACAAAGUCGAAGUUGCCGCAUCUUACGGCGAAACCGAAGAAGAGGUACCGUUGGCUCAAAGCGGAGACCAAGUUCGAUUACGGCUACGUGGCAUUGAAGAGGAAGACAUUCUCCCAGGUUUCGUGCUUUGCUCGCCAAAGCGUCUUGUCCACUGUGUCACAGCCUUCGAAGCACAAAUCCGUGUUCUGGAAUUGAAGAGCAUCUUGUCCGCUGGAUUCAACUGUGUUAUGCACGUCCAUUCAGCGAUCGAAGAGGUAACAUUUGCUACCCUCCUACAUAAGCUGCAAAAGGGAACUGGGAGAAAGAGCAAAGUUCCUCCAUCGCAUGCCAAGAAGGGUGAUAGCAUCAUUGCAAGAAUGGAGGUUAUCGGCGGCGCUGGGUCGGUUUGUGUUGAGAAAUUCGAAGAUUACCCUCAACUAGGACGAUUCACCCUUCGUGAUCAAGGACAAACUAUUGCAAUUGGCAAGAUCACCAAGCUCAUUACGGACGAAGCCAACGCUGCUUAA